CCUCGCUUAAACCCUAGCUCCGCCUCCUGCAAAUUUCCUAGGGUUUUUUCCGCCGCCGCCGCCCAUUCCGAUGGAGUUCUGGGGUCUUGAGGUCAAGCCUGGGCAGACUGUCAAAUGUGAGCCUGAAGAUGACCGCUUUUUGCACCUUUCUCAGGCUGCUCUUGGAGAAUCAAAGAAAGGAUCUGAUAAUGCUGUGAUGUAUGUUAAGACUGAUGAUCAAAAGCUAGUCAUUGGAACCCUCUCAGCUGACAAGUUCCCUCAAAUCCAAUUUGAUUUGGUCUUUGAGAAAGAGUUUGAACUGUCACACACCUCAAAGACUGCCAGUGUGUUCUUUUCUGGCUACAAAGUUUCCCAGCCACCUGAGGAAGAUGAGAUGGAUUUUGAUUCUGAAGAAGUUGAAGAUGAAGAGGAGGAAGAAAAAAUCAUUCCAGUGCCCAAGGCAAAUGGCAAGGUGCAAGGUAUGGAAAAUGUGCAGAAAAAAGGCAAGACAAUUCCUUCUGCUUCAAAAUCAAAGGCUGUGGUGAAUGACGAUGAUGACGAUGAUGAAACUGAUGAGGAUGAUUCUGGGGAUGAAGGACUUUCUCCUGAGGAUGAUGAUGACGAUGAUUCUUCUGAUGAUGAUUCCAGUGAAGAUGAUGAGGAUGAGAGUGACGAAGAAGAAACUCCCAAGAAGUGUGAUGUGGUGCAGCCAGAGACUGGAAAGAAGAGAGCAGCUGAAAUUGUGUUGAAGACACCUGCAUCUGAUAAGAAAGCAAAGAUUGCUACACCAUCAGGCCAGAAGACGGGCGACAAGAAGGGUGUCCAUGUAGCAACUCCACAUCCGGCAAAGCAAGCAAGCAAGACCCCUGUGAAUGAUAAGGCAAAGGAGAAGUCCCCCAAAUCCGGCGGUGGGUCAGUUUCUUGCAAAUCUUGCAACAAGACAUUCAACAGUGAUAUGGCUCUGCAAUCUCACUCGAAGGCCAAACAUCCUACCAAGUGAAGAAUGAGACAAUGGAGGGCCGAGAUGAGAAAUAUUGGUGUCGUUUGCGAUGGUUGCCCCUCCUGUCAGUGUCCUAUGUCCGAACUUUCUUAAGUCUGAAAUGAAAUACUGCAAACUUUAUGGUGUUAUUAUUAUUGUCGUGACAUGGUUUAUGUGCUUAGUCUAGAGAAAAUCUGUGGUGCGAAACGGAGUUGGGCAAGGCCCAGUGAAGUGAUUGGUCUAUUUUGGAUGGAAUUACUGCUCUUUCUUGUUAUA